AUGGCCACCGAACGGGACCCGCUGCUUCCCCGACCACCACCAGAAGACGACGAGCUGAAGCCGAAAACGCCCACCGAGCUCGGCCCUUUGCAAAUAUCUAGGUGGAAUAGAAGGUCGAUUUUGUGUGGAAUAUGGCUGGCAAAUUUUCUGGGGGCAUUGAACUCUACUCUUGUCCCGACUAUGAUGCCGGCUAUAUCAUCCGAAUUCCAAAGGUUUCAUCAAGCUGCCUGGCUCGGGACGGCGUAUCUUCUCGCAACAUGUACCUUCACGCCGCUCUACGGUCGUCUAUGCAAUGUCCUUGGCCGUCGACGCGCCAACCACACUGCUCUCUUGUUCUCAGCAUUUGGGGCAAUAGGUUGUGGCUUGUCCCAAAACAUGGAGAUGCUCAUCGCAGCCCGUUUUAUAGCAGGAAUGGGUAGUGGCGGGCUAUUUACUACUGCUAGCAUCAUCGUGAGCGAUAUGUACACUUUGCGUGACCGUGGGUUGGUGCAAGGAGCUGCCAGCUGUUUCAAUGCGUUAGGAACCGGUCUCGGAGGCGUUUUCGGUGGGAUAAUAGCCGACUGGUUGGGUUGGCGCGCAGCCUUCCUCCUUCAACUUCCACUCUUCUUCGUGUCGUUUCUUCUGACAUCACGUAGCCUCCGUUAUGUUACUUCGGGGAAGUCAAAGAGUGCGAAGGAAAUCUUGAGACGGAUAGACUACUGGGGUAGUCUCACGCUCUUCGUUUCCCUAGGAUCUCUAUUGCUUUUCUUGAGUAUGCGUUACAACGAGAUGCUCAACGCAAGUUGGUCCGACCCUUGGGUUUUCAUCCCACUCCUCUGCGGUAUCGCGUUCAUCACCCUUUUCUUCCUUGUCGAAAGCUUCGUCGCAUCUGACCCCGUUCUCUCGCCUUCCAUGCUCCGGCAGAGAGUGCCCGCCCUCAUCGGCGUAUCCAACUUCCUCUCCGCAACUUGCAACUUCUCCGUCAGCUACUUCUUCCCUGUCUGGUUCCAGACAGUCAUGCUCGAAAGCGCGUCCACGGCUGGUCUACAUAUUACGCCAAACAGCGUCGCUGCAUCGCUGGGUUCCGUGUUUGCUGGUGUCAUGAUGCACUGGACGGGGCGGUACAAGGUGGUCAAUAUCGUCUUCGGGUGCUUUCCAUUCUUCGGCGCGGUAAUGCUGUCGAGGAUGUCGAUGAGUUCCGGGUCGUUGCAGUCCUGGCUGAGCAUCGUUCCCCUGGGCUUCGGCAAUGCCGUGGUUAUGCAGACCAACUUGAUCGCAUUGCUUGCCCAUCUUCAUGAAUCGCAAACAGCCGUAGGGACCGGCUUCGGUGCACUGUUCCGCGGGAUGGGCCAGGUCGGUGGGGUUGCCAUAUCCUCCGCCAUAUUCCAAACUCGACUGGACGCAGCGUUGACGGAAAGGAUACAUUCAGAGGAUGCCGUAGAGGCAAGUUCAACGAGACAGCGUGCGUGUUCUAAUUGUAAGCAGAUAAUCGAUAAAAUCCGUCGGUCCAGCAACAUUAUAAGGGACUUGCCGCCAGUGGUUCAAUUGGCAGCACGGGAGUCGUAUGCGGAUAGUCUGCGUGUCGUCUUUCAGUUUGCAGCAGGGGCAACUUUGUUGGCGUAUAUUGCCAGAUUGCCGAUUCCUGAUCGUGAUUUGGACAAGGCCUAUUCACAGAGAUGUAGCCAGCCUCGGGAUACCAACGAGACAUCGGGGUCAGCUGUAUGA